GGCCGAUGAUGGAGCCGGAGACGCCGCAGCCCCGGGCCCCAGCGCUGGGGCGAACCCGGAGCGGCGGGGGCGGGGGCGCCUCCUCCUGGCUGCUGGAUGCCCCCAGCUGGCUACUCGGCUACGGAUUCCUCUACCUGGUGCUCUACGCCCAGGUGUCCCAGUCCAAGCCGUGCGACAGGAGCUCCUCUUGCUUCUCGGGCCGCUGUGUCAACGCCACCUGCCUCUGCGACCAGGGCUGGGUGGGGGACCAGUGUCAGCACUGCCAGGGCAGAUUCAAGUUAACAGAGCCCUCUGGAUAUUUAACAGAUGGACCAAUUAACUACAAAUAUAAAACUAAAUGUACAUGGCUAAUUGAAGGCUAUCCAAAUGCAGUCCUAAGAUUAAGAUUCAAUCAUUUUGCUACGGAAUGUAGUUGGGACCACAUGUAUGUUUAUGAUGGAGAUUCAAUAUAUGCACCUUUAAUAGCUGUGCUUAGUGGCCUGAUAGUCCCUGAAGUUCGGGGGAAUGAAACAGUACCUGAAGUUGUUACUACAUCUGGCUAUGCACUGCUUCACUUUUUUAGUGAUGCUGCAUAUAACCUAACUGGUUUCAACAUUUUUUAUUCAAUUAAUUCCUGUCCUAACAAUUGCUCUGGGCAUGGGAAAUGCACAACCAGUGUUUCCAUUCCAAGUCGGGUAUAUUGUGAGUGUGACAAAUAUUGGAAAGGUGAAGCAUGUGAUAUCCCUUACUGUAAAGCUAAUUGUGGCAGUCCAGAUCAUGGCUACUGUGAUCUAACAGGAGAAAAAUUAUGUGUCUGCAAUGAUAGCUGGCAAGGUCCUGAUUGCUCUUUGAAUGUACCUUCCACGGAGUCUUUCUGGAUUCUUCCAAAUGUAAAGCCAUUCAGUCCUUCUGUUGGUCGGGCUUCACAUAAGGCAGUUUUACAUGGAAAAUUUAUGUGGGUGAUUGGUGGAUAUACUUUUAACUACAGUUCUUUUCAAAUGGUCUUAAAUUAUAAUUUAGAAAGCAGCAUAUGGAAUGUGGCGCCUAUGUCAAGGGGACCUCUCCAGAGAUAUGGACACUCUCUUGCUUUAUAUCAGGAAAAUAUCUUCAUGUAUGGAGGCAAAAUUGAAACAAAUAAUGGCAAUGUCACAGAUGAAUUGUGGGUUUUCAACAUACAUAGUCAGUCAUGGAGUACAAAAACCCCCACUGUCCUUGGACACGGUCAGCAGUAUGCUGUGGAGGGACACUCAGCACAUAUUAUGGAGCUGGAUAGUAGAGAUGUUGUCAUGAUCAUAAUUUUUGGAUACUCGGCAGUAUAUGGUUAUACGAGCAGCAUACAGGAAUACCAUAUCUUAUCUAAUACCUGGCUCGUUCCAGAAACAAAAGGAGCAAUUGUGCAAGGUGGAUAUGGCCACACAAGUGUGUAUGAUGAAAUGACAAAGUCCAUUUAUGUACAUGGUGGUUAUAAAGCUUUACCAGGCAACAAAUAUGGACUAGUAGAUGACCUUUAUAGAUAUGAAGUUAAUACCAAGACAUGGACUAUUUUGAAAGAAAGUGGGUUUGCCAGAUAUCUUCAUUCAGCUGUCCUAAUCAAUGGAGCUAUGCUCAUUUUUGGAGGAAACACUCAUAAUGAUACUUCCUUGAGUAAUGGUGCAAAAUGCUUUUCUGCUGAUUUCCUGGCAUAUGAUAUAGAUCAGACUCUUGAAAAGAACUGCUUUGAAGAAGAUGGAAUGACUGAGAUUAUGGUCCCUCAAGUUCAUUUACAUGUGCCCCUUUUAAGGAUUAAGAGAGUAGAACUGAGCUGGAAAGUGAAACCUCAACAGGAGAUAGAAAAACCAGAUGAAUGGAAAAUUUUACCUAAACCCAAUCUUCACAGAGAUGUCAACAGAUUCGGGCACUCAGCAGUCGUUGUUAAUGGGUCUAUGUAUAUAUUUGGUGGAUUUUCUAGUGUCCUCCUUAAUGAUAUCUUAGUGUAUAAGCCACCAAACUGCAAGGCUUUCAGAGAUGAGGAACUCUGUAAAAAUGCUGGUCCAGGGAUAAAAUGUCUUUGGAACAAGAAUCACUGUGAAUCAUGGGAAGGUGGACAUCAAAAUAAUAUUCUUAGAGCAAAAUGCUCUCCCAAAACUGCUGCCACUGAUGACAGAUGUUACAGAUAUUCAGAUUGUGCCAGCUGUACUGCCAAUACAAAUGGGUGCCAGUGGUGUGAUGACAAGAAGUGCAUUUCAGCAAACAGUAACUGCAGUAUGUCGGUAAAAAACUUCACCAAAUGUCAUGUCAAAAAUGAACAGAUCUGUAAUAAACUGACCAGCUGUAAAAGUUGUUCAUUAAACUUAAACUGCCAAUGGGAUCAACGACAGCAAGAGUGUCAGGCUUUACCAGCUCAUCUUUGUGGAGAGGGAUGGAAUCAUAUUGGAGAUGCAUGCCUUCGAAUAAAUUCCAGCAAAGAAAACUAUGACAAUGCUAAACUUUAUUGCUAUAGCCUGAGUGGAAACCUUGCUUCAUUGACAAGCUCAAAAGAAGUAGAAUUUGUUUUGGAUGAAAUACAAAAGUACACACAACAGAAAGUAUCUCCCUGGGUAGGGUUGCGCAAGAUCAAUAUAUCCUACUGGGGUUGGGAAGACAUGUCUCCUUUCACAAAUACAACCCUACAGUGGCUUCCUGGUGAACCAAAUGACUCUGGAUUCUGUGCAUAUCUAGAAAGAGCUGAGGUAGCAGGCCUAAAAGCUAACCCUUGUACAUCUGUGGCAGAUGGCCUUGUCUGUGAAAAGCCUGUUGUUAGUCCAAACCAAAAUGCAAGGCCUUGUAAAAAGCCCUGUUCCUUAAGGACGACAUGUUCUAACUGCACGAGCAAUGGCAUGGAAUGUAUGUGGUGCAGCAGCACAAAACGAUGUGUUGACUCAAAUGCCUAUAUAAUCUCUUUUCCAUAUGGCCAAUGCCUGGAAUGGCAAACUGCCACUUGUUCCCCUCAGAAUUGUUCUGGAUUAAGAACAUGUGGACAGUGUUUAGAACAACCUGGAUGUGGUUGGUGCAAUGAUCCUAGUAACACAGGGAAAGGACACUGCAUUGAAGGCUCUUCAAGGGGACCCAUGAAACUUGUUGGGAUGCAUACCAGUGAGAUGACCCUUGACACAAGUCUUUGCCCCAAAGAAAAAAAUUAUGAAUGGUCUUUUAUUUAUUGCCCAGCUUGCCAGUGUAAUGGACACAGCACUUGCAUCAACAAUAAUGUGUGUGAGCAGUGUAAAAAUCUUACUACAGGAAAACAGUGUCAGGACUGUAUGCCAGGAUACUAUGGAGAUCCAACCAAUGGAGGACAAUGUACAGCUUGUACAUGCAGUGGUCAUGCAAAUAUUUGUCAUAUGCACACAGGAAAAUGUUUCUGCACAACUAAAGGAAUAAAAGGAGAUCAGUGCCAGUUAUGUGAUUCUGAAAAUCGUUAUGUUGGUAACCCACUCAGAGGAACAUGUUAUUACAGCCUUUUGAUUGACUACCAGUUUACCUUCAGUUUGUUACAGGAAGAUGAUCGCCAUCAUACAGCCAUAAACUUCAUAGCAAAUCCAGAACAGUCAAACAAAAACUUGGAUAUUUCUAUUAAUGCUUCAAACAACUUUAAUCUGAAUAUUACAUGGUCCGUUAGUUCAACAGCUGGGACAAUAUCUGGAGAGGAAAUUCUGCUGAUUUACAGGGUCAAAAUAAAGGAAUUCAGAGAUAGUUUUUCCUGUGAAAAAUUUAAUUUCAGAGGCAAUCCUAACAUUACAUUCUAUGUGUAUGUCAGCAACUUUUCUUGGCCAAUUAAAAUACAGUUGAAAGCUUCCCACGCCAAUUCAUAUACACUGCUUCAACUGCACGAUCCAACUCGUUGGUCUGCUCUAGUGGGUCCUCCUGCUCAACUGGUUCCCAUUCCCCCCCUUUAA